CAGAUAGAAGGAUAGAUAUGUCUAAUGCACACCUUACAUUUUAUUAAGCAUCGCUUCAAUUCUUUGUUAUGGAUUGUGCACUAGUUUACAAUUUAUUUUGUUAAAAGAAAGAUUUUAUUAAAGGUGUGAUUUGUAUAUAGUUAAUUUUCACGAGAUCAUGAAACAAGUAAACACCUGAAGCCUAUUAUUAUGGCAAGUGAACUGGAAAUAUACAACUGACGUCAUAAGUUGGUCGUCAGAUAUUUUGCUGCCACCUCAUGGGCUAGCACAAGCAUUAUUGUCGAUGUAAAAGUCUAGUAAAGAUGGUUUAUGGCAGAGUUAACAAUUCAUUAAAUGAUACAUCUUAUGAUGUUAAUAUUUAUAAUGAAAUAGCUUAUGGAAUAAUUAAAUAUUUUUUCCCAUUUUCUCUCCUUAUUGGAACUUUUGCCAAUUGUUUUAUCGUUUAUAUAAUGAGAAAGAAGUCGGUGAAGUCAUCAGUAAGUGUUUCCAUUAUUCUUUGUCUUCUGGCAGUCUCUGACACAACUGUUUUAUGGACGUCUGAGUUCCGAAAUUGGUCGAGAGUAGCGUUCAAUUACGAUUUCAUCAUACAAUCGGAUAUUUCCUGCAAAUUUACAAAAUAUCUGUUCUACUCGAGUAGUCACUUUUCCAAUUGGCUCGUAGCGUCAUUUAGUAUAGAAAGAAUGCUUGUGGUAUGGACGCCACUAAAUGCUUCCAGAUUUUGUAGAUCAAAUAGAUUAGCCACUUACUUAGGACUUUUAAUUACAUGCAUUUUUGGAUCAAACAUCUCCUGGGCUGUUUAUAGUCGUAUAAAAUUAAUUAAUGGUUUAGGAAAGGAGUGUGCAACAGAAAUCCCUUCUUCAAACUUUAUAUCAUAUAUUCCCUUAAUAAAUAUGAUCUUAACUGUUGUGAUGCCGUUUGCUAUUGUACUUAUUGGGAACUCGCUGAUAAUCGUCGGACUAAUUCGGGGAUCCAACAGAAUAGAGGAUGGCGAUUCUGUCGCUGCAAGAAAUCAGAGAAGAAUAACAAUUGGAUUAGUUGUUACUGCUGCUUCGUGGCUCCUACUAACAUUUCCUCAGGCUAUAAUGGAAUAUCUUAGACCCCUGAUACAAGGCCGUGCUUAUUUCUUGUCCCAAACAGUCGGAUUUUCUUUAUUAUAUCUAAAUCAUAGCAUCAACUUUUUUAUCUAUGUUUUAAGUGCAAAAACUGUAAGAAGAGAAUUACAGAAAAGCGUGUUGUGUCGGUUGUGUAAUCAAAACAUAGGAAGGGAAGAACGCUUGCUUAGAGUUCCCGUAAUUCGAAGACGCGCUGAUGUCCGGAAAAUAAGAAACCAAGCUGCCUACCCCAUGAUUCUAACUCAAAUGACUGGAAUGAGCAAAAGUAACAAGAAAAUUUCUUCAAGGUUAACACGAACAAUAGAUCAAAUAUGCUAAUAAUUGUCUUUAAAUUUACUUCUAUCUCUGAAAAACUCGAUCUGUUCACAAAAAAUUAACUGUACUCUUUCAUUAACCAAUCAAGGUUGAAAAUGCUUCAUAUUCAAAUCAAUAAAUUAUAUUAAAGGAAGAAAGGAGAAUCUUUAAAUAUUAGCUAUCUCUUUACACCUCCCCUAUUCUCCCCCUCCCCUCUCCCUCCUUCCUCCUCCCCUCACUCCCCACCCACUCCCAUCCCUC